AUGGUCAGUCCAAUCAAAGACCCACAGUUAAGCACAGGUAAGGAGCAGCAGUCGAAUAAGGUUGUCCAGAAGGAGGCCUUACCCCCUCACACUAGUCCCAGAGUAUCCUUCAACUCAGCCCUCAGUGGCCCCAGCCUUACCACUCACACCCGGACCCUCACCACCUGCCAACACCUCACAACCAGUACAGUAACCAAACCCGGCACUGUCUUUUCCCAGUCUCUCAUCCUCCCAAGCGCCUGCCUCUCCAGGCCCUCUGGCCCAUGCGUACUGUUCACUCACGGAACGCCGAACCUGGCCGGGCCCGCUUGUUGCGGCAGUGUUAGGGGCGGGAUCGCCGACGGCUAUCCGAGGGAGGAGCACCGCCUCUCCUCUUGGUUCCGCCCCUUCGUACGUAAAUCCCGCCCCUCAGAGGGACUCCGGCGUGUCAUAGGGGAAGGCCUCAGGGAAGGUGGAGGCCCGCAGAGCGGAGGCGGAGCCCGGGAAGGAAAGGUCGAACCAGAGGGCAGAAGGCGGGACCUAAGGAGAGACGCGACUUUUACAGGCAGGGAAAGAUCAGAAGAGCGGGGCUUGAGAGAGAUGGAGCCGGAAGAAAGACGAGAAAGGGGUGGGGCCACGGAUUCCGGGCGACGCGUGGAGUGGAAGAGUGGGCAUGAGGGGCGUGGCUAUCACGAAAAGACAGGAGGAAUCAUUAGGUGGGCCCGGCCUGCGGAAAAGCGAGGCCUGGAGAGGGCUGACUGCGGGCAUUCUAGUUCAUUUUGCUGCCUCGUCGUGCAUAGCUUGGUCUCUAGUACCCCAGCGAUGACUGCCCCUGGCUCGCCCAACACCUUUGUGCUGUGCUGCUCCGUGACCCCUUGAGCACUUAGUCAAGGAACACGGAAUAAGUACCUGCAUGCCCAGCUGGAUUCCAGAUCAGUUAGAACCAGUCUCUGCUCUCCGGGACCUCAGAGAAUUGCAACGUAGUGUGAUAAGUGCAUUACUACGGGGGCCAUCUAGAAGCAGCACUUAGCAUGAUUUGUAUGUAUAGAGGAUGAGAGGAAGGUAUGGUGAAGGAGCUUAAAGAAGAUUUCCAGGAGGAGAUGGUGUCUAAGCCGAGUCUUGGGAAACAAGCAAGAGUAAGAUAAACUAAAAUAGAAAAAUAGAAGUUUCAGAUAAAGUAUGUAGUUUUAAAAGUAUUUUACCGGCUGG